AUGGAGAACGGGAAUAAGUUUCAGGAAGUUUCAAACCCAAAAUAUGAUUGUCUAUUAUUCGAUAUUGAUGACACACUUUACCCUUUGAGUUCUGGAAUUUCAGCGCAUACAGCCAAAAAUAUUGAAGAGUAUAUGCUUCAAAAGCUUGGAAUGGAGGCUGCUAAAGUUCCUGAGUUGUGCAAUUCAUUAUACAAGACUUAUGGGACAACAAUGGCUGGUCUUAGGGCAAUUGGUUAUGACUUUGACUAUGACGACUUUCAUAGUUCUGUUCAUGGGAGAUUGCCAUAUAAUCUAUUGAAACCGGACCUUGUUCUCAAGGGGAUUUUGCAAAGCUUGCCUUGUAGGAAAGUGGGUUUUACCAAUGCGGAUGCGGGACAUGCGAUAAGAGUGCUUAAAAGACUUGGGCUGGAGGACUGUUUUGAAAGAGUUAUAAGCUUUGAUACUCUGAAUUCCUUUGACGAUAUCAGCCCUCCUGAUGGCAAAGAUGGCAAUGAAAUUUUUGAUUUCUGCGAGUACACACGCCGGCCUGAUUCUGGUAUGGUGCUUCCAAAGACACCAGUUAUCUGUAAACCCUUUGAUAAUGCAUUUGAAAAGGCUUUCAAGUUGGCUGACAUUGACCCUCAAAGAACAUUGUUCUUUGAUGACAGUAUCCGCAAUUUAAUGACAGCGAAACGUUUGGGCCUCCAUACGGUUGCAGUGGGUACAUCGGUGCGUAAUACAGGAGUGGAUCAUGCAUUAGAGAGUAUCCAUAAUAUCAGAGAGGCAUUUCCAGAGCUAUGGGAAGGCGAUGAGAAGAACGAGAUUGUUAACUACAAGGUUGCAAUUGAAACAACAGUAAAAGCAUAG